UUGUGCUGUGCCUAUGGGCACAGUACAUUUGUUUUUGUUGAGUUAGGUAUGAUCGGAAUUUAGUGUUACGAAUGCCAUUGGUGGUCCUCGUCAUGAUUGACAUUGGUGAAACACGAGGUGAAAAUGCAUGUUGAGAUCUGUAAGAUCGGGACACGGAGGAGGUGAAAGAGGUUGAACAUAUGUGGUUUUCGUGCUUAGUGGCGACUGUCACUAUGGCCAUGGUCAGCGGUCGAGGAGGAGUAAGAUGGCGUCUCGAAAGCUCCCAUCAAUUAGGAUUAAAGUACCUCUCUUGACUAUUAACAGCGGGGAUCUGUAAAUAUCGACCAUAGGUGUGCAAAAUGAAAAAGUCGAAAAUUCUCAAACUUUGCCAGAAGUGAGCUUGACUUGGACAAUCGAACGGAUGAUAUAGCAGUCGCUAUUCAGAAACAGCUUUUCUUAAAGAACGUACCUCCUUAAAAACUGUUAGACAUUGGUGAAGUCCUUGAUAAAACCAUCUUCCAGGGACCAUUUUUAAAGUCCUCCUCAUUUUUACAGGAUUUGGAAAAAUGAAGUUAUCGUCACACGUAAUAAUCACGCUGUUAUCAUGCGUCACCCACGUGAUCGGUGAGUUCCAAUGUCAAGGCACCUGCUAUUCGGGAUCUUUCCCAAAGAACAACCAAGUCAUCAAGGGAAAACAUCUCAGAGGAUACUCCUACAAGAACAUUACCACUAAUGUUCCACGCACGUGCUUCUCGUCCUGUAUCAAUGAYUGUCGKUGUAAGKCGUUCCAGAUGAAAGAUGUCAGGUGUGAGUUGCUGGAUGAGGACAAGACUUCCAAGGCAGCAGACUUUGUAGAUGAGACAGGAUACGUGUACUAUGACGUACAGCAGACAUUUUUUAAAGAGAAAUCCCACAUGGUUCACCCUGCGGGUGUGUGCUAUAAUGGUUGCUGUAGAAGUCAGCCUUGUAUGAACGGAGGAACCUGUGUAGAACACUGUGAGAAGCCAAAAGUCAAGUUCAGCUGCAAGUGCCAAAAAAAUUAUUUUGGAAAAAUCUGUGAAAAUAAAAAUGGCUAUUCCUGCAUUGAUGUUCUUAGGACAUCUCUCUUCCACGGUAUCCUGCCAGCCAAUGGGAUAUAUAACAUCAUUCAUAAAGAUACCGAAGACAUCCUUCCAAUAUAUUGCACCUUUGUUGGUUUCCAUCAAGCAUGGACCCUCAUCGAAUCUUUUGCUUUUGGCAAUAAAGAUAUUUUCGAGAAAAAAGUCUUCUUUCAAAACUAUCCAGUAAACGAAUUUAAACCAAACUGGAACAAGUAUCGCCUGUCGCUAAGCAACAUGCAGUACAUUCGAGCCAAUGCCAUACUAUACAGAGCGACUUGUCAGUUCCCUCUAAGGAAUAUUUCUCUCACACCCGACUUCCUUCUUGGUAACCUUAAUGACUACGAUCCUUUUGAUGCCGUGGACACGAUAGGAGUGUGUAUCAAAGUGGCUUAUGUCAAUAUCAAAGGAGAGGAGUGCAAUAACUGCACGGUUCCCGCUUUUCAGAAGAAAUACAAUCAUCACCUUCAUCUGGAUUUCCGUGUCCCAGAAUGCGAGUUUGCACCAGGGAAACAGAAGCGAUUUGAGGAUAAUUUUGGUUAUUAUGUAGUAACAAGCCCAGGUUCGUUAUGUACUGCCACAAUGAAUUCGACCACACAGUGGUGGUUAGGAGAACAGCUAUAGGGUGACCACACAGCACAUCUAGUGACCUUGGGAUAUAGGAACUUGUUACUAUGGUAACACUAACCCAGUAUCCAAAUACACUGCAACACAACAGUCUACCACACAGUGGUGGUUAGGAGAACAGCAAUAGGGUGACCACACAGCACAUCAACUGACCUUGGGAUAUUUGAAAUUGUUACUAUGGUAGAACUAUUCAAGUAUGCAAAUGCACUGCGGCACAAUAUGUACAGUGUACCACACAGUUGUAGUUAAGAGAACAGCUAUAGGGUGACCACACAGCACAUUAUAUGCUUCCCAAUCUAAAAAAAAAAAUCUUAGUUAAAUAAUGUCAGCGUACCGGAAAUAAUGCCGCGAAAUAUCCAGCUUACAUUUAAAAAAACUUCUAUAUUGUUGUGACGUUUUGAUGAUCCAUCAAAUUUACAUUUCCCAUAAUGCAUUUCGAGUUUCCAUGCAUCCAGCAAUAAAACCUUCACCAGCCUUUAUUGAAAUGGCUGUGUUUAGGAACUCGUGCACAUCAUCCCCUGUCUUGGCCUUCUGACCAGCAAAUAUAACCUCUAGGUAUCCCAAGAGGAAACAUUGCGCACAUGACAGCAAUACUGCAUGGGAGGAAGUGUUCAUAUACUAUUUGUUACAGUGUUAUGCAUGAAAUGCUUUUUCAUAACAAAUUUUUCAGUAGACAUAAAUUAUCUAUCUGAAGAAAUGUCAGUCGAUGAGCCAGACAACUGAAAGUACAGGGAGCCCAAUUAGAUACAAGUGAAAGGCGGGGGAAAAAGUCGGGGAUACAAUUGACUUCACUCAUUUUUAGUUUAUUGGCGGUUAAUAUCUAGAUCUUUGUCCUUCGUAACGCAAAUUCAUCUUUCAAUUUGAUCUGUGCUGAAGUAUAAUUAUCUAAAGUAAACGCAUCGAGAAUGGCAAUUCUUGGAGAACAGUGAUCACCGUGUGAGGUAGCCCACCUUGAAACUCAAUAAAGAGAGUUAUUAUUGGUAGUCGAGCUUAACUUUAUUUUUAUUGAUAAUUUUUUAUAUUAUUGUCAAGUUUAGUUGGCAAAUUCAAAUUA